CGGCGGGGCCGACGACCCCCUUAUAGCGGCGCGGCGGAGCGCGGAGGGCGGCGGUCGCGAUGGAGUACGCGGAGGCGGAGGAGUACUACUACGGCGAUGAGACGGCGGGCAACUGGACGGGAGAGGCGUGCGAGUGGCAGGCGGACUGGGAGGCGUCCUUCUCGCUGCUGCCGCUGCUCUACCUGCUGGUCUUCGCCCUGGGGCUGUCGGGCAACGGGCUGGUGCUGCUGACGGUGUGGCGCGGCCCGCGGGCGCGGCGCCGCUCCGCCGACGCCUACAUCGGGAACCUGGCGCUGGCCGACCUGGCCUUCGUGGCCACGCUGCCGCUCUGGGCCGCCUACACGGCGCUGCGCUUCCACUGGCCCUUCGGCGCGGCGCUCUGCAAGCUCAGCAGCUUCCUGGUGCUGCUCAGCAUGUUCGCCUCCGCCUUCUGCCUGGGCGGCCUCAGCGCCGAGCGCUGCCGCGCCGCCGCCCGCGCCGCCCCGCCGCCCCGCGCCGCCCCCCGCCGCCGCCGCCCCGCCGGGCUGGGCCCGCUGGCCGCGCUCUGGGCGGCGGCGGCGGCGGCGGCGCUGCCAGCGUUGCUGUUGCGGGAGGCGCGGCGGGGACCCCGCAACCGGACGCUGUGCGAGCUGGCGGCGGGGGGCGCGGGGCGGGCGGCGGCGCUCAGCCUGGGGGCUACGGCGCUGGGCUUCGCCGCCCCGCUGCUGCUGAUGGCCGUCUGCUACUGCUGCGUGGGCGCCGCCGUCCGCCGCCACCUGCGCCCGCGGCGGGCCGAGGCGGCGGCGCGGCGGCGCCUGCUGCGGCUGAUCGCGGCGCUGGUGGCCGUCUUCGCCGGCUGCUGGCUGCCCUUCCACCUGCUCAAGAGCCUCUUCGCGCUGGCGGCCGCCGGGCUGCUGGAGCUUCCCUGCGCGCUGCUGGGGCUCAUCGCCCGCCUGCACCCCUACGCCACCUGCCUGGCCUACCUCAACAGCUGCCUCAACCCGCUGCUUUACGCGUUCCUCGACGGCCGCUUCCGCGCCCGCUGCCGCUUGCUGCUGGGGCCGCGCCGCCCGCCCGCCGCCGCCGCCGCCUCCUCCACGCUCAGCGGCCCCACGCAGCGCUCCGAGCUGCCCUCGGCCGGCACCAAGCUGUAGCGCCCGCGGGACCCCCGCGCCCCAAUAAACGCCCUUUCCGC